AUGUCGUUGACGCCCGACUCGACGAGCGAGAAGCAGCACAUCGAGCAGAAGGAGUUUGCCUCCCGCCAGCCGACCAACCUCGACGCCGAGGGCCAGUCCGUCGACCCUGCGUUCGCAAAGAAGACUAUCCGCAAGAUUGACUGGAACCUCAUCCCCAUCCUCUCGGCGCUCUACUGCAUCAGUCUUAUCGACCGCACCAAUGUCUCUGUCGCUCGUCUCCUCGGAAUGGCGAAGGAGCUCAAGCUCACCGUUGGGGAACGCUACUCCAUCAUUACGCUCAUCUUCUUUGUGCCGUACAUCAUUUUCGAGUUGCCCUCCAACCUCAUCAUCCGCAAGCUCGGCCCUCGCAACCAGCUCGCUGCCAUCACCGUUCUCUGGGGUAGUGUCAUGCUCGGAAUGGGCUUCGUCAAGACUUGGGAGCAGCUCGCUGCCUGCCGCGUUCUUUUGGGCGUUCUCGAGGCCGGUUUCUUCCCUGGCUGCACUUUCCUUAUCUCCACCUGGUACCUUCGCGAGGAAGCUGGACGUCGCAUGGCCUGGUUCUACCUUUCCUCGAUGGUCGUCAGUGGCUUCUCGAACAUCAUGGGCUGGGGUAUCGGCCAGCUCAGCGGCAAGCACGGCUACCUCGGAUGGCGCUGGGUGUUCAUCGUCUUCGGCGCCAUCACGAUCGGCCUCGGCUUCAUCUCGUGGUUCAUCAUCGUCGACUUCCCCGACCGCGCCAAGUUCCUCACCGAUGCCGAGCGCAAGUACGCAGUCGACCGCGUCAAUGCCGACCGUGGAGACGCUCUCCCCGACGGCGCGACUGCUGCCAAGGUCUUGAAGCACCUCGGCGACUUCAAGAUCUGGCUCUUCGGUCUCUGCUUCUGCUUCGCCACUACCGGCUCGUACGCCUUCGCCUUCUUUUUGCCUGUCAUCCUUGCCGGCGGAGGAUACAACACCAAGACCUCCCUCCUUCUUUCCGCUCCUCCCUACGCCGCUGCCGCCAUCUACACUGCCGUCGUCGCCCACUACUCUGACAAGACUCGCCGCCGCGCGCCCUUCAUCGCCGGAUCCGCAAUCCUCUGUUCAGUUGGCCUUUUGAUCCUCGCGUAUGCGAAGCCGCUUGGUGUUCGCUACUUCGGCGCCUUCUUCACCAUCAUGGGAUGCCAGAGCAACGUUCCGGGCGUCCUCGCGUAUGGCUCGACCAACGUCCUCUCCCACUCGAAGAAGGCUGUCAACAGCGCUAUCAUCGUCGGGCUCGGCGGCGUCGGCGGUAUCAUGGCUUCGACCAUUUACCGCCAAGCCGACUACCCUCGCUACAUUCCUGGCUUGUGGACCACCAUCGGCGUUCAGUGGGCGACCUGCCUCAUCCUCGUAGGUCUCUCGUUCUACUUCAAGCGCCAGAACGCCAAGGCCGACCGAGGCGAAAUUGUCAUCGAGGGCAACCCGUCGUUCCGCUACACUAUUUAA